AUGCAGCUCCUGGCAUCCCUCACCCUCUGCCUCUGCACAGGGUUCAGCACCGCUGUCAUCCCAGCGGAGGAAGAGAAUCCAUCCUUCUGGAACAAGCAGGCAGCUGCAGCCAUUGAAGCCUCCUUCAAAAUCCAGCCCAGGAUACGCCAAGCCAAAAACCUCAUCCUUUUCCUUGGGGACGGAUUCGGGAUCCCCACCAUCACAGCCACCCGCAUCCUAAAGGGGCAGCAACAGGGGAAGCUGGGCCCCGAGACCCCUCUUGCCCUGGAUGCUUUCCCCUACGUGGCUCUCUCUAAGACCUACAAUGUGGACAGGCAGGUCCCUGACAGCGCGGGGACAGCCACAGCCUAUCUCUGCGGGGUGAAGGGCAACUACCAGACCGUGGGGUUGAGCGCGGCCGCCCGCCACUCGCAGUGCCACACCACGGCCGGCAACGAGGUGAUCUCAGUGCUGGAGCGAGCCCGCAAAGCUGGGAAGGCGGUGGGCAUCGUGACCACGACGCGGGUGCAGCACGCGUCACCCUCGGGGACCUACGCGCACGUGGUGAACCGGGAGUGGUACGCGGACGCCAGCAUGCCCCAGGACGCGCGGCAGCAGGGCUGCAAGGACAUCGCCUGGCAGCUGGUCCACAACGUCGACAUCAACGUGAUCCUGGGUGGUGGUCGGAAAUACAUGACCCCUAAGGAGACGCCGGACCCCGAGUACCCCAACGACAGAUCGCAGAAUGGGAUCCGCGAGGAUGGGAAGAACCUCAUCGACACGUGGCUGCAGGCGCGGCCGGGUGCCCGCUACGUCUGGAACAGGACAGAGAUGCUGGCUGCUGCCGCCGACCCCAGCGUGAAUUAUUUGAUGGGUCUCUUUGAGCCCGGGGACACGAAGUACAACCUGGUGCGUAACACCACCCUGGACCCGUCGCUCACCGAGAUGAUGGAGGCCGCCAUCACCAUCCUGAACAGGAACCCCAAAGGCUUCUACCUCUUUGUGGAAGGUGGCAGAAUCGACCACGGCCACCACGAUGGAGCAGCCCACAAGGCACUGACGGAGGCGGUGGAGUUCGACCAGGCCAUCGAGCGGGCGGGUGUCCUGACAGACGAGGCUGAGACCCUCACUGUCGUCACCGCUGACCACUCGCACGUCUUCUCCUUUGGUGGCUACACCCUGCGCGGCUCCUCCAUCUUCGAUGUGGCACCCAAGACAGCCAUUGACAAGAAGAACUACACAUCCAUCCUCUAUGGGAAUGGGCCGGGAUACCCAGGCUCGGACAGGCCCAACAUGGACUCAAAAACAGCCAUGCAGUUCGAUUACCGGGCACAGGCGGCUGUGCCCCUCAGCUCGGAGACCCAUGGCGGUGAGGAUGUGGCCAUCCUGGCCAAGGGCCCCAUGGCCCACCUCUUCCACGGGGUGCAGGAGCAGACCUAUGUAGCCCACGUCAUGGCCUACGCCGCCUGCAUCGAGCCCUACACUGACUGCCGCCAACGGGACUCUGCCCCCGGCAUCCGCGCCACGCCCCUGGCCCUGCUCCUGCCUGCCCUCCUUCUGCGCCUCUUCCACUGAGCCCACGGCCCGAGGGCACCCCACAGGACACACUCCUCUUCCUCCCCACAGUGCGGUGCCUGCAGGCAGAGGACAUCUUUCUGAAGCAUCCCUGGUCUGGAUGCAGCAGCCACGGGGACACCGAA